AUUGAAUUCGAUUGACAUUUUCAUAACCAUGAUAUCCAGCAUGACACGCCCCUAAACUAAAACUGAUGGCUGCAAUCUUAAAUAGAUAAUACACAAAGAAGUCCUCUCGACCGAGUUUCCUUGUAUAGCCUAUGCAUACAGAGCAACCACUGGAGAUAAUUUUAUUUUACCGCUCUAAGGGCACAUGCUGCUGCCUUUUGCCGCCUUCUUUCUUCUAAUACACGAGAGGAUUGGUGGAAUGCAAAGAGCAACCUUGCAAUUUCGUCAGAUCCCAGGUCCCUCCACCAUUCCCCAGUUCCCUCUACCAUUCCCAGCGACGGUCCGACUCUUGAGGAGGGGGCUUCUUCUAAUACACGGGAGGAUUGGUGGAAUGCCCCAGACAUGCAGAAGUUCUCGAAUUCGGAAGAGGAUUGGUGGGGUAAUUCGGGUUUCUGUGACACUUUCUCUCAAGCCACGAGAACCCCUUAUACGGAGAGCACCUUUUACUCUACACAGA